AUCAGCGGCUCCGUGCAAGACUGCAAGUUGCGAAGCUGCUGAGGAGCAAGGGUGUGGGUGGCAAGAUGAGGCGCGCAGGUGUUCUUCUGGCGCUUCUGCUCUCUUUGUCUGCGCUGUCUGCCACCGCCGCUGAAGCACACAAGGAACGAUUGGGGGAAAAUGCGGUACUGUUAACGGGCCGGAAAUGGUUGAGAGGCCGGAAGAUAAUGGCAGCUCUUGGGCAUGGAGAUGCCGCCAAGAACGAUGAGGUGGUGGAAGGAGAGGGAGCCAAGAGCACAGGAGCAAAUCAAGAGGCAGAUGCACCUGCUGCUGAAGCUGUACAUGACUCGGGUAAUAGGAGCAAGGGACAUGCCAUGUUUCCGGCACCAAGGCAAGGCGACACGGCUGCCGAGGCCCCUGAGGUCCUCGGCAUGGAUUACAACUUCAAGCUGGAUGCCCGUCACCACCGACCCAUCAACAACGACGCUCCGCUGGACGAUCUCGCCAAGAAGCCCUAGGUAUUGUAAAUCUCGGGCAGAGCUCCUGAAGCAUGACACAGGCUGGGUCCUCUUGCUUUAUAGAUACAUCUAACCACAGUAGCCAUUAGCUAAUGGUUAGCUUAGCUAGUUAGGAGCUCGCUCUACAAGCCACAUGUAGCCCGUUCUUGGCACUCGUGGACCCAUCUGAGUUCACUGGAACGGGCAGUUUUGGUUGUAAUGUGCUUGGAUCGAGAGCAUCUGUAAUUUCUCAGCAGAACUUCUGAAGUUGCAGACAAUAGAGGCUGAUGGUGAUCUUCAGGUAA